UAAAAAAGAAACAAGAGAAAGAUAAGAUAAACCAAUACCUCAACGCUUGUUUCGCCCACGAACCUGCCUUUCAUUUCAGUGUUUCCAAACCAAAGGAAACUCCUGUGCGGUUUCUCUUCUUUGUCUUCACUGCUCUCUUUUUUCUUUAUUUUAUUAACAGUAGAAAAUGGAAGUUGCGGUGGCGAAAGCGUUGAAACCAAGCUUGCAGAAAGACGUUGUUCUCCCGCAAGCAAAUUACGAGGAGAUUUUGUGCGUGAACACAAACAACGUUGUUGUUGGUGAAGAUUUCUCCGUGGACGACCUCCUUGACUUUUCCAACGGCGAAUUUCAACAUGGCUCUGUUGGAAAAGAAACCGAUGACUACGAGGAAGAGGAAGACGAAGAAAAAGACAGCACCUCGGAUUCCUCGCAGUCACAGGACCGGAUAGAAGACGAUAGCAACUCCAAUUCCACCGGUUUUUCCGGCGUCGCCGGCGACUCUGACUCCAUUUUUGCCGGCGGAUUGGCAGUUCCGGCUGAUGAUGUGGCGGACCUGGAGUGGGUUUCUCACUUUGUGGACGAUUCUCUCCCGGAGCUCUCGCUAUUGUACCCUGUUCGUUCCGAACAAACAAGGGCUUGGGCCGAACCGGAACCUAGACCGGGCUCAGCCAAAACCCCUUCUCUUCCCUCUGCAAUUACCAGCAAGCCCAGAACUACCAAGACUAGAAAACCCAUCGGUCAUGUCUGGUCAUUUAAACCCGUGUUCUCGCCGGCGCCGCCUCUCGUGUUCGCCGGCUCUGUCCCGAACAAGGAGUUCUACGAACCGCUGACAAAGAAACAGAAGAAAAAGCCUGAGGCCCAAACCGGUGGGCCCCAGUUUCAGCGACGGUGCAGCCAUUGCCAUGUGCAAAAAACGCCACAGUGGAGGACCGGUCCACUGGGAGCCAAAACCCUUUGCAACGCUUGUGGGGUUCGAUACAAGUCGGGUCGGCUUUUUCCAGAGUACAGACCGGCCUCUAGCCCGACGUUCUCCGGCGAUAUUCACUCGAACAGCCACCGUAAAGUGUUGGAGAUAAGGCGGAGGAAGGAGAUGACUGGACCGGAGUCCGGUUCGGACCACACUCAAAUGAUCCAGAGUAGCUGAAUUUUUUUGAGUACUAGCACAGAUUAGGUAUAGGUAAACGAACCGGUAAGAACCGGUUCGUUUUUUUGUACCGUAGUUAGUGAAUUAGGGAUUUUAGUGCUAGUCAGCUAGGCAGGUAACGGACAUUAGGAAGGCAUUGAUAGUUUGAAUUUCAUGCGCAGUUUGAUUUAUUUAAUGAAGUAUAGUUAAGUCGAGGUAAAGAUAUUUAAAUAUGUGGCCAUCUUGGCCAUAUAUACUCAAGUUGGGUUUGAUAUUUUAUUUGCCUCUCUUUCACGACUCAUUAACUUUUGAUUGAAUUAUUCAACUUAGUUCAGCGGUGUCUGUGUUAGAUUCUAUGAGCGCAUGUGUAAGAGAGAGAAAGAGAAAGGAAGGUGGGGCAAAGAGUGAUUGAAGCAUUAAAGUUGGGUGGCAUUGAUUUGAGACCACCGAAACUGUGCUAGUGCCAAAUAGAGUGGACAUGUGGGAUGUGGUGGACUUUUAUUAUCUUUACUUUUGUGUUUUCGGCCCUUGUGACCCAAAACUUGUAUUGAAAUGGCCCGUA